ACACACACACACACACACACACACCUAUAUCUGUAUGAGGUAUGAACACUUGUUCACAUCCUAAUAUUUCGUGUUUGUAUUUUAAAUCUGUGUAUUUUUACAUCUAAACUUUUAUUUUGUAUAAUACUCGAGUUCAUCAGAUGUUUUCCAGCUUUUAUUUUGUUAAUACAACUGGGAGUUUAGACAGGAAGUGUGGGCGUGUCCUGCAGGUACUACAUCAACACCUCCAGCAUUAAGCUGGCCUUCACCGGCUGCUCCUCCCACUGCUACAGAGAGGUGGAGGUGAAGACCUGCUGUCCCGGCUUCUGGGGUCCAGACUGCACGGAGUGCACGUGUGUUUAUGGUCUCUGUGAUUCUGGACUGAAGGGGGACGGUCGAUGCACUUGCUUCUCUGGAUACAAAGGACCAAACUGUGACCAAGAGUUACCUGAAUGUGCAGCUCUGAACUGUCCCCUAAACUCUAGCUGUGUGGAAGAAGCUCUGACAGGAAAGCUGGUGUGUCGAUGUAAACCUGGCUACCAGAGAUCAGGAGAUCAGUGUCUGUCCAUAAACCCAUGUCUUCAGUCCGUGUGCCAUGUCCAUGCUUCCUGUAUCCACACUGGUCCAAAUCAGCAUGUGUGCACCUGCAGAGAGGGCUACAGCGGGGACGGGAGGGUCUGCAUGGCAGUUGAUCCGUGUCAAACCCAAAACGGAGGUUGUUCCCCUAAGUCUGCACACUGCGUUUAUGAUGGACCAGGGAAGUCCCACUGCGAGUGUCUUCCUGGUUUUGGACAACUGUCUGGUGGUUCCUGCAGCCUGAAGGAUGCCUGCAAACCCACUUCCUGCCACCAGAACGCCAACUGUACCACAGUGGGACUGGAUCAAGUCCAGUGCACCUGUCUUCAGGGCUAUGUUGGGAAUGGGAACCAGUGUUUUGGGAACAUCAUGGAGCGUCUGAACGAACUGAACACAAAACCCAGAGGACAGUGGAGGGGUCAGCUGAGCAACGCCAUCUCUCUGUUCAGCUCUCUGUCGUGGUCUCUGCAGAACCUGGGUCCUUUCACCAUUUUCGUCCCGGUCACUAAAGGCUUCAGAGGAGUUUCUGUGAAAGCUCUGACUGCAGAACCGUCUGAAGCUAAACACCUGCUGAACCUGCACCUGGCUGCUGGACACAUCUCCUCUGAAGUUCUGCAGAGAACAGAGCUUUUCUACACUCUGACAGGAAAAUCAGCUGAGGUGGACACCACGGGAAGUGAAACYAAAAUCCGUAUCCAUGGCAGCAAGAAGAAAGGCACCAUCAUCCAGUCUGACCUGGUGGCGUCCAACGGSAUGAUCCAUCUCAUCAACAAGCUGAUGGACAGCGUGUCCCCCAGUGUCCAGAGCAACCAGGACGAGAACCUGAUGAAGAUCAUCUCUGACAAYGCAAAAUUCCACAAGUUCAAGUCUUUACUGGAGAAAACUGAUUUGGCUGCAAUGAUGGACCUUCCUGGACCCAUGACUGUCUUUGCACCAACAGCUGCAGCGUUUGACGCAAUGAAGGACGGACACCUUCAGUUCCUCAGCAGUGAAGAUGGUCACAGCAAGCUGCUGGAGUUCCUCAGGAACCACAUUGUCCCAUCUGUGGAGCUGGAUGUUUAUAACUUGGUGUCCCGCCCCACGAUUGUGACAAUGGCCAAUCAGAUCCUGACCAUCAAUGUGAACGAGCAGGGUCAGAUUCGGGUCAACAACAUGGCCGCUGUCCUCGAGAGCACCGUGGUUGCUAAAAACGGACAUCUGUAUGUGAUGGGUGGAGUUCUGACUCCGCCCUCCAUUGAACCUGUCCUGCCCCACAGGUGUGACAUCACAGAGACUAAGACCAUCCCGGGUCCGUGUGUGAGCUGUUCUAAAGUCACCCUGUUGAGGUGUUCCUCUGGAGUCUACACGGGCCACACCUACGGAUGUCCCUACACCAAGUCCAUCAGUCCACCCCUCAGGUUCUCCCUCAGAGGAUGUUCUCCAAUCUGCAACACAAACGUCACGACUCGGGCGUGCUGUAAAGGUUUCUAUGGUCCAGACUGCUCUCCAUGUCCAGGUGGAUUUCAGACACCUUGCUCCGGACAUGGACAGUGUGUGGAGGGCAUUGGAGGAAACGGAUCCUGUCUCUGUGAGGACAACUUCAGGGGUUCUCACUGUCAGUACUGCUCCGCCUCCAAGAAAUACGGUCCCAACUGUGACACAACCUGCCCCUGUAUCCAUGGACAGUGUGACAGCCGUCCGGACUCAGACGGUCGGUGUAAACCGGGCUCCUGUCUCCAGGGUUUCACGGGUCUGUUCUGCGAUCGACAGACGUCUCCCUGCGGCACUCUGGCCCAGUUCUGCCACGCCCAUGCUGACUGUGACUUCAGUGAUGGAUCCACCAGGUGUGUCUGUAAAGCUGGUUUCCAGGGUGAUGGGAUCACCUGUGUGGAGUCAGAUCCCUGUGCUCCUCCUCUCAGAGGCGGCUGCAGCAUCAGUGCUAAAUGUAUAAAGACUGGCCCGAGUACACACACCUGUCAGUGUCUGAGUGGAUGGACAGAGGACGGAGAUGGGUGUCAACCAAUCAACAACUGCCAUGGUCCUGACAGAGGAGGCUGCCAUGUCAACGCCACCUGCAUCUAUGUUGGACCGGGGCAGAGUGACUGCAGCUGUAAGCCCGGAUACAAAGGAACCGGGUUCUUCUGUGAGCCCGUCAACCAAUGUGUGACUGAGACUGGGGGCUGUCACUACCUGGCCAGCUGUCAUCUCCUGUCCUCAGGGUGGAGGUGUGUCUGUGAUGAUGGGUAUGUUGGAAACGGACUUCUGUGUUUCGGUUCAGUUCAACAGGAGCUGAUGACUCUACCCAAUGCCUCAGAUUUCUUUAUCUGGACCUCAGGGUCUGGUCUGUCCAGUUCUUUGUCUGAUCAGAACGUCACUCUUUUGGUUCCAACAUCUGCUGCCAUCAGUAAAAUGUCCUCAGAGGACAGAUCCUUCUGGACAAUGAAGGGGAACCUGCCAAGCCUCAUCAGAAACCACAUGAUCUCUGGAAUCUACCCUCUGUCUGAACUCAAACACAAGUCCUCUGUCAUGUCUCUGCUGUCCGCAGGACUUCCUGUUUCUACCAGAGACCAGAUGACAUCUGUUGGUGGAGCAACCAUCAUCACUUCAGAUGUAGCUGCGACCAACGGCUUGAUUCACCUCAUAGACCAGGUUCUAGUUCCUGACAGGAAGCUAAGUGAAGGUCUGCUGGCGACGCUUGCUCUCAGACCCGAGUUCUCACUCUUCAGAUCCUAUCUAAUUACUUAUAAUCUGACUGAUGAGAUCCAGCGGGCUGAUGAAUUCACCGUCUUCGCUCCAACCAAUGAUGCCAUCAACAACUUCCUGCAGAAGAUGGACGCCACAUUCCUGGACAUUAACAUGACUCGGUAUCAUGUGGUGAUACCGGAGCGACUGUUGAAGACUGACCUUCAGCGAGGAGGAUACAAACAGACUCUUCUGGGCUUUUCCUUCCAGCUGAGGAUCCACCUUCGAGACGGAAAGCUGUUGGUGAACGAGGCUCAGAUCAACUCCUCCAACAUCCUGUGUGAUAAAGGAGUGAUCCACGGUCUGUCCUCUGUUCUGCACAUCAACAGGAACCGCUGCGACAGACUCUCAAACCUGAGCGUGCAGGGUCCUUGUGGAAACUGUUUGUUCCGUCAGACUAAAGCCUGUCCCAACAACACCGUUCCAGACAAGUCGGUCAGGAUGAAGAAGUGCAUCUUUCGACAGAACGUGGAGGGAGAACUCCUGCUGAGCAUCGGCUGCACAGUGACCUGCACUCAGAAGAACCUGGAACCCAGGUGCUGCCAGGGUUUCUAUGGGGAGCACUGUGAGCCGUGUCCCGGUCCGAUGGGCCAGCCCUGCUUUGGUAACGGGCCGUGUUCUGAUGGGAUCAACGGUUCUGGUCUCUGUAGCUGUGAGAAAGGCUUCAACGGGACGGCCUGUGAGACGUGUCAGAGAGGACAUUACGGAGUCCACUGUGAUCAAGAGUGUCGCUGUCAGAAGGGACGCUGCAGCGAAGGUCAAGACGGAGACGGAACCUGCGAGUGUGACGUGGACUGGAGAGGCAUCCACUGUGACGAAAAGGUUGAAUCCAGGCUUGAUGAUCUGUGUGGGUCAGUCAGGUGUCACAGCAGCGCAAACUGCGUGAUUCAGCCGUCUGGACCCCAGUGUCUCUGCGCUGCUGGCUUUGAGGGAAAUGGAACCUUCUGUAAAGCUGUGGACCCAUGUCUGGUAAAUAACGGCGGCUGCAGUCUGGAGGCGGUCUGUAAACGGACUCGACCUGGUCUCAGGGACUGCGUCUGUAAGAAGGGCUUUGUUGGAGAUGGACUGGUGUGUGUUGAGAUCAAUCCAUGUCUGGAGGGAAACGGAGGUUGCCAUGCUGAUGCAGACUGUCUUCAUGUUGGGCCGAACAAAACCUCCUGUACCUGUAGAAAAGGUUUCUCUGGAGAUGGACAGAACUGUUCCGUCAUCAACUUGUGCAAAACGAAAAAUGGCGGCUGCCACAGAUAUGCUGUUUGCAAUAUGACGAAACCAGGAAGUCGAUCCUGCACCUGCGCCAAUAAUUACAUAGGAGAUGGUUUGAAGUGCAAAGGCACCGUGGACAAGGAGAUGAGGUUGAAGGGGCUGACCAGCUUUUACUACGGUCUGAUGAUCGUGGAGAUCUCUCUGCAGGGUCGUGGUCCAUUCACCGUCUUUGCUCCAACUGCUGAGGCUUUGAAAUCUAAUGCUUCAUCCAUGAUGAAAUCUUUAGCCAAUCGUAAAGACAUUUACUCCAACUUUCUGCGCGGUCACAUCGUCAUGUGUCGSAUGUUGAUGCCUGCAGACCUGAGCCGACCCCAAAAUCUGACAUCAUUGUCCGGAGCUGUCCUGACGACUGGCUUCACCCAGGGAACAAUCACCAUCAAUGGGGUGAAUGUGACCAACAGYGAUGACGUCAGUGUUAAUGGCAUCAUCCAUCAAAUCGAUGCCCUUCUGUCUACACCCAACUAUGACAACCUUCUUUUUGUUCCUGACCCAACAGAACUGAAUCUGACAGAUGUGGCUCAGAUUCAUGGUUAUAAAACCUUCUACAAACUUCUGGAGGACACAGGCAUGAUGGACCUGAUGGAURAAAUGGUUUAUAAACCCGUCACUGUCUUCCUGCCUUCUGAUGCUGUCAUGGCUUCUCUCCCACAAGAACAGAAGGACUUCCUGUUCCACCAACACAACCGAAAGCAGCUGCUGGAGUACCUGAAGUACCACGUUCUGAUAGGCCAAAAGGUUUACGCUGAAGGACUGAUCUAUCUGGAAUCAGGUCGGACUCUGCAAGGUUCUUCGCUCUCCUUCUCCUGCGGCGGGUCAAAAAGUAUUGGAGAAAUUUUCAUAAACGACGGAUCAUGUCGGAUCAUCCAAAGACAUCUCUUAUUUAAAGCAGGGAUUGUGUACGGGAUUGAUUGCCUACUGACUCCRCCCAGUCUUGGAGGUCGCUGUGAUGAACAGAAAAUCUUGGAUUUUAAAAUGAGCUGUGGCCCCUGUAAGGCCUCUUUCACUCGUUGUCCUGGUGGGACCAUCAAGAAGGAGGUUCUGAACUGUGAUCUUCCCACAAUGUUCAUCAGUAAAAACUCGGGCUGUCAACCCAUCUGCACGCUCAAUUUCUGGAACCCAAAGUGUUGCCAUGGGUACUAUGGACGAGACUGUCUGGUCUGUCCUGGAGGAGUUCACUCUCCCUGCAGUAACAGAGGUAAAUGUGACGACGGUCACCUUGGUAACGGUACCUGCACCUGCAACGCCGGGUUCCAGGGAACGGCCUGUGAGCUCUGCAGCAGUGGCUUCUUUGGACCCACCUGCAAAGCCUGUAACUGCUCAGAACACGGCUCAUGUGAGGACGGGCGAAGAGGAACCGGUCUGUGUUUCUGUGAGGARGGAUGGACCGGAGAGCGUUGUGACGUUCAGCAAAAGGUGAAGUGUGAGUGUAAACCAGGUUAUGCUGGAGAUGGUUUCAGCUGUUCAGGAAACCUGCUGCAAGUCCUCAGAUCUACACCCACCUUCUCCAACUUCUUCACUCAAAUCCUGAACUUCUCUGAAGUGUCUGAGUCSGGUCAGCACUUCCUGAAGCGACUCAGUAACCUGCAGGUCCAGUCGACCCUGUUUGUUCCUGAUAACAGUGGACUAGCAGAAAACCAGACUCUGUCCCAGCGGGACAUUGAGUUCCACCUGUCCGAGGGUCUGGCUCUCCCUCUCAGCCAGCUGAAGAACGGCAGCCGCAUCAACACCCGUGUCGGCAGUCUGACCGUCCUUGGAGUCAGCGAUCUGUUUGACCCCACGGCUCAGACUUCCUGUUUCAUCAACAACCGCUUCAUCACCGAUGCUGACAUUCCGGCCUCUAAUGGGGUCAUCCAUGUCCUGCAGGGACCUCUGGAGGCUCCACCUCCCCAUCAGCAGAUGAAGGCGACACAACAGGCAGGGAUGGGGUUCGGGGUGGUUCUGCUGAUAGUUCUGGUGGUUGGGAUCGUAUUUGUUGGAUAUCGUUUCUACAGCCGGAACACCAAACCGUUCCGGUUCCACUACUUCAAGAUGCUGAGUCGUGAUCCAGAUGCU